CUCUCUAGCUCUCUUUCUAUGAUCUUCUGAGUGUUUUUCGCGCAUUCGAAUCUGAUCGUCGCCGGAUCUCUAUAUAACUCAGGAAUCGCAUGAAACUGUUUGGAAGACAGAGCUUUGCAUAUUCUUCGAUUUCAAGCUACUACUCCAAUACGACGACGUAUCUUCUGAUCUCAAUCCUUAGUGUUUCUCCUCAAUUGCCAAUUUCGCUCUUUAUUUUCGAGCAGAAAUCACUAGAUCCUUUAUCGCUUAAUAGUAGUAGUAAUUGAAUCGCUGAGCAUUGUUGAUUCAUGGCGUCCGAAGGCAAAACUGAUCCUCCUCAGCUGAAUAAAGAUACUUCUGUCUCAACCUUGGAGAGAAUGAAGAAGAAGAGAACACCUUCAGUGAUACUUAUUGGAGCUGGUAUGGCUGGUAUUGCGGCUGCUCGCACUCUUCAAGAUGCUUCCUUUCAGGUUGUGUUAUUGGAGUCUCGUGACAGGAUUGGUGGACGAGUUCACACUGAUUACUCUUUCGGUUUUCCUGUUGAUUUGGGUGCAUCUUGGUUGCAUGGUGUUUGUAAAGAGAAUCCUCUAGCUGCAGUCAUUGGGAGAUUAGGAUUGCCUCUUUAUCGUACUAGCGGUGACAAUUCUGUCUUGUAUGACCACGAUCUUGAGAGUUAUGCUCUAUUCGAUAAAGCUGGUAACCAAGUUCCUCAAGAGCUGGUGACAAAGGUUGGCGAAACUUUUGAGCACAUUCUAGAAGAGAUCUGUAAAGUCAGGGAUGAGCAGUUUGAAGACAUGUCAAUAUCUCAAGCCUUUUCUAUUGUAUUCAAGAGAUCACCUGAACUGAGGUUGGAGGGGAUUGCACAUAAUGUACUUCAGUGGUACUUGUGCCGCAUGGAAGGAUGGUUUGCUGCUGACGCUGAAACCAUCUCAGCAAAGUGUUGGGACCAGGAGGAACUGUUGCCUGGUGGACAUGGUCUUAUGGUUAGAGGGUAUCGUCCUGUCAUCAACACUCUUUCGAAAGGUCUUGAUAUUCGACUAAACCACAGGGUUAACAAGAUUGUCAGGCGCUACAAUGGAGUGAAAGUGACUACAGAGAAAGGAGACACGUUUGCUGCAGAUGCUGCAGUCAUUGCACUUCCUCUUGGCGUCCUAAAGUCAGGAACUAUAGAAUUCGAACCAAAGCUACCAGACUGGAAACAAGAAGCUAUCAACGACCUCGGUGUAGGAAUCGAGAACAAGAUCAUAUUGAACUUUGACAAUGUGUUUUGGCCAAACGUUGAGUUUCUAGGAGUGGUUGCAGAAACCUCCUACGGAUGCAGUUAUUUCUUGAACCUGCAUAAAGCCACAAACCACCCUGUUCUUGUCUACAUGCCGGCUGGUCAGCUCGCUAGAGACAUUGAGAAGAUGUCUGACGAAUCAGCUGCGAAAUUUGCUUUCUCUCAACUCCAGAAGAUUCUUCCUGAUGCAUCUUCACCGAUACAUUAUUUGGUAUCAAGGUGGGGAUCAGACAUCAAUUCAUUGGGAUCAUAUAGCUAUGACAUAGUGAACAAACCUCACGACCUCUACGAGAGACUGAGAGUGCCAUUGGAUAAUCUAUUCUUUGCUGGGGAAGCUACUAGCACGAGCUACCCAGGGUCAGUACACGGUGCUUAUUCAACGGGAUUGUUAGCUGCUGAGGACUGCAGGAUGCGCGUGCUUGAGCGUUAUGGAGAGCUCGAGCAUGAGAUUGAAGAGGAAGCUCCUGCCUCUGUCCCGCUUCUUAUAUCCCGUAUGUAAUUUAACACAAGGAUUUGUUUUCUCGUUGUCUUAUGGUGGGAACAAUGUUAGAUUUGGGUUUUAUGAUUUCAUGUGAUAUACAACUUUAUAAAGUUUAUGAGACUUCUUCGUUAACUCAAAACUCAACUGAGCAAUGUGUUAUUCAUC